AUGUCCCACGUCGAUCGCUUUGUAAGUUUCACGGUAUUCUUCCAAAUCACCAAUCACUUUUAGGAUAUGAAUCGUGACGGCGGAAAAGGAGAAAAGGAUCGGAAGAGGUCGAGAAGUCGGAAGGCACCACAGAAUGCGGACCGCUCGGCCAUGGACGGUCGUCCGCCAUGGAACAAUGGUAUAAAAGUUCGAGAGGAGUAAUAAUUUGUAGAAAAAUAAGGUUUAGACACGUACAUUGAGGGGUACGAAGACGUGGAUGAGCACGGAAAGUUCCGGAAGAGGGGCGGCGGAAUGCCAAAGUCCAAUGACAAACAGGUACUUUGACUAGCAAACUUUUCAUACAAUUCUAUCAAUUUCAGCAGGAAGACUUGACCAAGAACUGGACGGAGUCGCUGCGUGAGAAACAUCAUCAGGAGCAGAGAUGA